GUCCUCCGCCAGCAUCGCCUUCUCCACCGCCUGCAUGUGAGUCCCUCCUCCCUCUUCAUCCACCCACAUCCUCCACCACCACACUCCCGGCAAGAUGAAGACGACGUGGAAGGAGAUUCCUCCGGUGCCGACGUCGCAGGAGUUCCUCGACAUCGUCCUGAGCCGCACCCAGCGACGACUACCUACCCAGAUCCGAGCAGGUUUCAAAAUCACCCGCAUUCGCGCCUUCUACCUUCGAAAGGUCAAGUUCACCUCCGAGACCUUCGCCGAAAAGCUCUCCUCCAUCCUCGACAACUUCCCCCGUCUCGCAGACAUCCACCCGUUCCACAAAGAUCUGCUCAACACCCUCUACGAUGCCGACCACUUCAGAAUCGCCCUUGGGCAGCUGAACACAGCAAAGGGCCUGAUCGAGACGGUGUGCCGGGACUACUUGAGGCUAAUCAAGUAUGGCCAGAGUCUGUUCCAGUGCAAGCAGCUCAAGCGUGCUGCCUUGGGUCGGAUGGCUACCAUUUGCAAGCGCUUGAAAGAUCCUCUCGUUUAUCUGGAACAGGUCAGACAACAUCUGGGCAGAUUGCCUGCCAUCGACCCUAACACACGCACACUGCUCAUCUGCGGCUACCCAAAUGUGGGCAAGAGCUCGUUCUUGAAGAACAUCUCGAGAGCAGAUGUGGACGUGCAGCCCUACGCCUUCACCACCAAGUCCCUGUUCGUCGGGCAUUUCGAUUACAAGAUGCUGCGUUUUCAGGCAAUUGAUACCCCCGGAAUCCUGGACCACCCACUGGAGGAGAUGAAUACAAUUGAAAUGCAAUCCAUCACCGCAAUCGCCCAUCUCAGAAGCGCGAUCCUCUACUUCAUGGACCUGAGCGAACAGUGCGGAUAUAGCGUGUCGGCACAAAUCUCGCUCUUCAAGAGUAUUCGCCCCCUUUUCGCGAACAAGCUGGUCUUCAUUGUCAUCAACAAGAUCGAUAUCACCCGACCGGAAAACCUGGAUGAGGAGACACAGAAAGAGUUGCAAGAGCUUGUGAACAGUGGCGGAAAUGUCGAAAUGCUGCAGCUUUCUUGCGCAACCACAGAAGGGCUGAUGAACGUGCGGAACGCAGCUUGUGAUCGGUUGUUAGCAGAGAGAAAUGCGCAAAAGCUUCAAGCAGGAACCAACGCAUCUGGUGAAAUUACAGGAAGACUUGGCGAGGUGAUGAAGCGUAUUCACGUGGCACAGCCCAUUGGCGGGAUUGUGCGGGAGGCAUACAUUCCAGACGCGGUCAAGGAGAAGGUCAAAUACGACAAGAACGACCCCGAUCGCCGGAAACUGGCUCGCGACAUCGAAGAAGAGAACGGAGGUGCUGGCGUAUACAACGUCAACCUCAAAGACCAAUACCUCCUCGAGAACGACGAGUGGAAGUACGACAAGCCACCGGAAGUCUACCUUGGUCGCAACGUGGCAGAUUACAUCGACCCCGACAUUGAGGCCAAGCUCGCCGAGCUCGAGGAAGAGGAAGCCAGAUUGCAAGACGAAGGUUACUAUGACAACGAAUCCGACGAGGAAUUGGACGAUGCAGAGACCGCAGAUAUCAAGUAUAAAGCCGAGUUGAUCCGGGAAAAGCGACAGUUGAUCCGCAACGAGAACAAAAUGAGGAAGAGCCUCAAGAACCGCGCCCUCAUCCCACGCAGCAAGAAGGCCGUGCAGCUCGAGAAGAUGGAGAAGGGUCUUCAGAACGCCGGCUACGACACAGCCGCCAUCACGGAGCGUGCACGCUCCUUGUCUCGGCCGCGUGGACGAACCUCGUCGACGGGCCACGGCACACCUGCUGCUGGCGAUGACGACAGUAUGGAUGUGGAUCAAACUCCCCGCCAACGUCUGGCGCGCUCCAUCUCCGUGGCGAGACAGCGCAGUCAGUCCGCAGUGAACAGGAGAGAAGACGGCGUGACGAGCGUGACGGCGAGAAGCAAGGCAGACAAGCUGGCGAAGCUGGGACAGAAGAAGAUGAACCGCAAUGCUAGGCAAGGUGAGGCGGACAGGCACGAGACUGCCGCGCUGCCCAAAUGGCUGCUGGCUGGAAAGCGUGGCAACGGUAGCACGAGGAGCAGGUAGAUUACUCUUACAUGGAUCUGGGAGGUUACGAGCGUGGAGUUACGGGCUGCUGAAUGCAAUGA